GUUUAAAUGCACAAUCAUGCUGAAGCGUGCGGUUUCUAAACACAGCCUGUGGCGCCAUCUAGGGGUCAUUUAAUUGAUCACAAGACAUAAUAAUACGUAACAGAACAUAAUAACACGUGAGAGACGCUGAGGUGUUGCUGACAGUGUGUGUGUGUGUGUGUGUGUGUGUGUGUGUGUGUGUGUGUGUGUGUGUGUGUGUGUGUGUGCACGUGCAUGGAGUUAAUCAAGUGAGAUUACAGACCUGACCCUAAUCCCUCUGACCUUACUGUCAGAGAUCUCGUCUCAGACACACAUAUCACUCUCAGGAGACGCUCCGAUCAGCUAUGUAGAUUAAGGUGUCUGGAUUAAGAGAUUGACCCGUCUCACCUGCAGUGUACGAUGGCACCGGAUGAAGCAGUCACGCCGACAUGCCAGGCUAAGACCUCCGCCCUUCAUCCACUAGACUCCGGUGGCAUCGACAGACUCUCGCACACACCUGUCCCCCAUGUGUCAGCAGCACCCACUGGAGAAGCUCGGGCUCCGCUUACAUGCUCCUCCAACGAUGCCGACAUUUUCCCAUCUGCUGUGGCUCCAGUGCACGAUAUCCGUCUCUGUGCGAGGUCCUCGGAGAGACAGAGGAAGGCGGAGAACUUUGAGAACUUUCCACCUAGGCGUCCACUGAAAUUAGCACCGAUAGAGCUCCCCCUGGAGGUGAAGGAGGCUCAGAGGCAGAAGAUACACUCCAUCUGGAAGGAGGCGGACGAUCUGGAGCAGACUGUUAAGAAAGUGAGCAAUCAUGGCAAAGCCCUCCUCUUACCUGUCAAUCAAAUUACAGUUGGUCAUAGGUUGGUCAACAAAGAGCUAGCUCAUCAGGCGCUCAAAGCGAAAUUUGCCAUUCACUCCUCUCCAGAUCUGUUCCAAACUCACCAGAAUACGACUUCCGUCCAAUCAGCACGUGGCGGGGUGAAUAUCGGCCAAUCAGAGGUUCGCAAAGCUGGCCGCUCCAAACUGCGCAAGGCUCGGCAGCUUGACGAGGACCAGAGCAAAUCUGGAUCUUCCGCAGAGGGAUUAAAGGAUGAUGAGGGCAAACCUGCAGCAUCAGGGGCAACACUGCGCCAGCGGGAGAUAGGGAAAGUUCUGGAAAAGCCAUCGAGCAGGAAUCUGGUGGGAAAAGUUUCCGAGGUGGUGGUGGGGAGAGGGAGCAAGAGGAUGGCUGUUUACGGCAUCCAGGAAGCUGCACUUUAAUACUUUAACUCUCAGAGGAUGUAAGAACUGUCUGUCCUUAUUCUUUAGUCUCUCUCUCUCUCUCUAUAUAUAUAUAUAUAUCUUAUUCUAUAUAUGUCUGUCUCACACACUUUACUCUAUUUUUCUAGCUUGCCAUCAUUGUGCGGUCUUUCUCUUGUUAUCUUUCUCUUUCUUUAACUUCAUCUCUCUCACACACACAUUACAAUUUCCAAUAAAGCAUUAUUGAAUAUUGCAAUCUGCAAAAGUAUUAGUCUUAGUAUUUCCAGAGCACCUCCGAGACCCUGCACUGAUCCAGACUCGGCUUCUGACAUAUCCAGAGGAAGAGGAAUGUGAUCCUAGAUGAGUAAAUGCUUUGUGAAUCCCUUUGUCAGACAGCGAUAAAUAACACGAGGGAUAAAACAACUCACUCGGUCUCAGAGCACUAAGCUUGCAGCUAACUCCACUUUAUUGGCAGUUCAGAUAGGAUGAGGGGCUUGGAGCUCUACCUUUAACACUCCAAGUGUCAGUACAUGACAGUUUUUAUCCAUGCCUUAAUCAGUUCUGUAGCUCACCACCAUGCUCCACAGGUCUCAGAUCAGCUCAGUUCUAAUCAUACUGGAGUAGAAAAUAGCCUCUAAAGAACGAAAUCACAAAAGGUGGAAUUUAUUGGCAUUACACAUGUAUACAUAUACACACACGCGUACAGAACACGCUUAGAAAAAAAAAAACACUUUGAAAAGUUCUUUCAGAUAGCUAGGUAUUCUUAAGAUCCUUAAAGGCAUCCUACAUAGAACCCUAAUAAAGAAAUGUUGCAUUAUUCUGCAUACAGUAGAUCACCCUUAAGGGUUCU